GUAGAAAUAGUAUUGAUAGAACAAUUGCAUGCGGUCACUGGGGAGGAUUUUGUGCUCGGAAUAAAAUUAAUCUGCAAUGGAGGUUUUGAAGCUGUUGUUCAUGUUCAUUGGAUUUGCCACAACAGUCGAUAUCUCUGUGAAAGUGGAAUUCAGAGGCAGUGCUGUGAUGACGUCAUACCGUCAUGAGGAAAAGAUCACGGCAAAGAAUGAGCAUGAAUUGAGAGAGAAAUUGGCUAAAACGCUGGAAAAUACGUUGCUGGACAAACAGAUAGAUGAAGUCACCAUAACAACCGAAGUUUACCAUGGCAACAAGGUUCAUUCAACCCAAGUCACCAAGUUUGACGCAACAACUCCGAAUGGACUGGAUGACACGACUCUUGUUUCCACUACAAAUGAUAAUGACAUCACUAAGGCCGUUACGUCCCUUGCAUCAAGAAAUACUACGGAAUUUCGUGACGUCACAACAACAACUGUUCUUGAAAAUGUGUUCACAACUCGAUCGAUCACUUCUAUUGCUUCCACUCAAUCGUUUCAGGAGUCGACUUUGACUGCGAACACAGAAAAGUGCGACGUUUCUUACAAGUCGAAAUGUUUUCGAGUUAUUGUUAAAGACAAAAGGAACGUCACUUUGGGCGUUGCCAAAUCUCUUUGCAAAAACAAGCUGGCUAAUAUUUAUGACGUCACACACCUCAACCUACUGAAAGAUUAUUUACGCCCAAUGAUUCCUGAUCGGCGAAAAUGGAUUGUAGUUCGUACUGGAAUGAGUUACAAGAACGGCACACUUUAUUCGGUGAAUGGUCGAGUUCCGUCUCUGUCCAAUGAGGCGUGGGAAACUAGAUUUCCGCGACCCCCCUAUACAUCAAGAACAGCUAUUGCUGUACGUGUCUUUCAAAACCAAUCGUACAAUGGAGGAAUUCGCAAUACCUAUCCUUCCUAUUCACAUCAUGGAGCCAUCUGUGAAAAUGAUUUCUAA